UAAACGACUUCAUAACCAAUGGGUUGUUUCGCGUUAAGGCAAUCUUUGGUUUCUAUACAUGUUCCAGGGUUUGGUGAACACAGGACAUUUCCUGCCCUGAUGCAUGGUGGUCGGACGAAGGAAUUGUUGGAAAAUUUCGGAGGGCAGGCAUGCUGUUGGCUCAGAUUAACCGCGACUCGCAAAGCAUGGCGGAGUUCCAGGCUGGAGGGGCUGACGCCCAGCACGUCACCCUCUGCCUGGCUGAGGCCGUCGCUGUUGCAGACGGAGACCAGAUGGAAAGUAUGGACACUGUUAGCCUACAGGCUGUGACCCUGGUGGAUGGCUCUACAGCCUAUAUACAGCACAACCCUAGAGUUUCCCUUUCAGAUGGGAAGCUGAUGGAGGGCCAGGUCAUUCAGCUGGAGGAUGGAUCAGCUGCUUAUGUGCAACACGUGUCCAUGCCAAAGGCAGGAGAGGACAGUUUGAGACUGGAAGAUGGUCAGGCUGUGCAGCUGGAGGACGGAACAACUGCCUACAUCCACCACGCCCCCAAAGAGACAUAUGAUCAGAGCUCGCUGCAGGCGGUACAGCUGGAGGACGGGACUACGGCGUAUAUCCAUCACACAGUGCAGAUGCCCCAGACAAACACCAUUCUGGCCAUCCAGGCCGACGGCACAGUCGCAGACUUGCAGGCAGAGGGUGCCAUUGACCCUGAGACCAUUAGCGUGCUGGAGCAGUACACUGCCAAGGUGGAGAGUGCGGAGUGCGUUGCAAGCUCAGGGCUGGUCAGCAGAGGGGAAGUGGAUGGCGGUGUGCAAAUGCAGAUUGUUUUGCAGGGGCACGGGAGUGGGCGUGCCUUAGCCAAGGCCCAGCAGGUGGGAGAGAAGGCUUUCCGCUGUGACUAUGAGGGCUGUGGGAAACUGUACACCACAGCACACCACCUGAAGGUCCACGAGCGAUCGCACACUGGAGACCGGCCGUACCUGUGUGACCAUCUGGGCUGUGGGAAGAAGUUUGCCACAGGGUACGGCCUGAAGAGUCAUGUUCGGACACACACGGGGGAGAAACCAUACCGCUGUCAGGAGAUGAACUGUCACAAGUCAUUCAAGACAUCUGGAGACCUGCAGAAGCACAUCAGAACCCACACAGGUGAGCGGCCAUUCAAGUGUCCGUUUGAAGGCUGUGGGCGGUCCUUCACCACGUCCAACAUCCGGAAGGUGCACAUCCGCACGCACACGGGAGAGCGGCCGUACUACUGCUCCGAGCCCAGCUGUGGGCGCGCCUUCGCCAGUGCCACCAACUACAAAAACCACAUGCGGAUCCACACAGGGGAGAAGCCAUAUGUGUGCACAGUGCCAGGCUGCGACAAGCGUUUCACAGAGUACUCCAGCCUGUACAAGCACCACGUGGUCCACACCCCCUGCAAGCCAUACAACUGCAACCACUGUGGCAAGACCUACAAGCAGAUCUCCACGCUGGCCAUGCACAAGCGCACCGCGCACAACGACACCGAGCCCAUCGAGGAGGAGCAGGAGGCCUACUUUGAGCCCCCAGCAGAUGCAAUUGAUGAGCCUGGUGUGACCUAUGUUCCUGGGGUGGAAGAGGAGGAUUCUGGGUCUGAGCAGGUUUCCACAGAAACUGCUGAGGUCAUAGGGCACCAACAUGUGAACCUUAUCUCACAGGAUGGGACCCAACAGGUCAGUAUAUCACAGGCUGACUUACAAGCAAUGGAAAACACCAUAACCAUGGUAACCCAAGACGGCACUACCAUAACCGUCCCAGCUCACGAGGCCAUGCUUUCAGGAGGAACACACGCAGUCACCAUGGUAACAGCAGAUGGCACAGAAGGACAGGUGGCCAUUGUCACCCCAGAUUUAGCUGCAUUCCAGACCUCACAAGUGGAGCUCAGCCAGGAACACCAGCACCACCCUCACCCUGUGACUCUGCUGGCCACCGGCUCCAAUGGCACUCAGAUUGCAGUACAGCUCAGUGAACAGCCGUCUUUGGAAGAAGCCAUUCGAAUUGCCUCGAGAAUACAACAGGGAGAAACUCCAGGGCUGGAUGAUUAGCACAUGCUCAGUCACCGUCAGAGAUUCUUCAGGAAAAACUGUUUGGAAGUGAACAUGCAAAACAAGAACGAUUUAAAAAAAUUAAAAAUUAAAAAAACAGGAAAGAAUUGCAGGAAUCUUACCAUUUGUGCAUAAUCCAUAUACUCUGCAGUUAAGUACAUAGCUUAAAAUUAUUUUUCUUAUACAUUUUGUGUACAUAUACAUUUUAAAUGUGAACAGCAGGUCCUGUUGUACAGACACAUUGAGUUCUUCUGUACAAAAAUGUUAAUACAUUUUACAUUGCUGAUGAAAGACUAUGUAAUUGUGAAUGCAUUCAGAAUUAAAGGUUACCACUUUCUCAAAAAAAAA